GGAGAGAGAACCGUCAUUCUUUCUGAGUGUGUAACAGUGGCAUUUGGCUGGUGUCUCCGGAAAAAGAAACCGACCUAGUAGGAAAACCGAUAAAAAUAUUUAUCUUACACCGGAAGUAGCGGAAACCGGCCGCAAUGGUGCAUCGUUCGAACGUCAAGUCCCGGCCCGAGUGCAGUUGAGUGGUUCCUAAAUUCAAUCUCCAAGAACCGCUGCUACCCUGUCAUCCAAGGUGGCGACGGUUCGGUAAUUUUUUUUUUUUGGUGCUCCUUUUUUUCCGCACACAAACACCAGCAAACGCAGUCGGAGUGAGAAAAAAGUUUGUACCUCUAUGUUUUGAACGGUACUCGGACUGCUGGCUGCCACCGCUGGGCUAUAAUACGCUGCUGGCUGCCUACUCCGCACUCUCACUCUCGCUGCAUCAUCAUCCUCCUUCGCAGCUCAUCUCGUCUUGAAUGCAACACACUGCUGUUGGUUGGUGAUGAUGUUACUAGUGCUGGACCGCGACUGAAUCUAUCUAACGCGAGAGAGCGAGAGCAAAACGAAUCAAAGCAGGCCAGCUCAGGGGGAAAAAAGUUGAAAAAUAGAAACCUAUAUCGCAGUGGCCAUUGCCGUCAUUGAGAUAAUCACUUCAACGCAAAACGUAGGCAAAAUCAAAGAAUUCCAUCGCGAUUGAUUGCGAUUGUUCAAGUGAGUGAAAGCAGCAAAGGAUUAGAAGGAGAAUAGUGCGGUGCAAAAACGAACAGUGCCAAGGAAUACAGUGACAUUUAGUGGGUGAGAAGAACAAAUCAGGAUGGCCUCGGCGGGCGGACUGGACAUCCAGAUUGUGUCGAUGCCAAAUCUGCAGAAGAUUGAAAAUUAUAUGCGGGAUUCGACCUAUCGGGAAACGCUAGAAGUCAGUGCAUCGUUUAAUACCAGGCUCUGUCUGGAGCGGAGGAUGCGAUUACCGUUCUUCGAUUCGCAAACAGGAGUAGCGCAGAAUCACAGUACUCUGUACAUGAAGCACUGUCGACGGAUGCCCGGUCACCGAGAAGGUCAGCUGUACACAUACCCUUCGUCACGAUGGCGGAAAUCCAAGCGGCAGUAUCUAAACAAACUGCAGAACCUGCGACCGUUUAGCAACUUUAAAACAAGUGGACCCUCCAGCAUAGUGAUGGGAGAUAUACCAGAAUUGGUGGUGCCACCCGAGCCAGAGUUCAACCCAUCGCUACUGGAGGAAUCCUCGCUGGGUGCGACUAUGGAUGCAGACAGCAAGGACAGUCACCAGAACCAAACGGUGGUAAAGGAGGAACCCCUGCCUAAGGAUUGGUACUACGACGAGAUGGCCCUGAACGAUGACGACCUGGACGAUGCGGAAGGCGGCGACUCUGAUUACGACUACAACGUGAAUGGAUACAAACGUAAGACCAAGAAGAGCAGACGAUCGACUAGCGGGGGAGGCAGGAAGUCCAAGGCUAGUCAGGCAGCGGCAGCUGCUGCGGGAGAUUACGAUGCGGUGGCAUCGCCGGGAGGUUCAUCGCGGAAGGGACGACCGCCCGGCGGCAGUGCCGGGAAGCGAGGUAGGAAGCGCAACGCCAAGGAUACGGUUUCGUCGAUCGAGAAGGAACUGGAGAACAGUCUGAACGAUAACCUGGUGGAACCACCAUCGUUCGAGUCGGUGGCCGCCGCGGUGGAUUUGAACGAGAAUGGCGAGAACGGGGCCGGCUACGGAGGCAGUGCGGAUCUGCGGAACUACCGGAAGUAUCUGUAAGGCGACGGGGUGUUACUUCGAAAUGGUACCUUUGAGGCUCUAAAAACCCAGACCCUUUUCGAUGGAUGUUUUAUAGACGAACGUAAGACGACGCCUGCUAGCAGAGAAUGAUCCGCAGAACAAAAGAAACAUCUUUUAAUAUCGCGCAUCCUUGAAGGAAUGCUUUGUAAACAAACAACAGAUGAAAAAAAAAACAAAUAUUAAGCGAAAACAAAGAAUCUAAAUUUGUUCCAACUCCUAUAACUCUUGUCUAUUUGGAUAUUAUUGCAAUUCUGGUCAUCAUCAAAACUAUUAUUAUUACUAUUUGUGUUUAGGUUCCUUUGUUCUAAUUAUAUUCGUAAAAAAGUGGUGAACUAAAAUUAUUUAAAUAAAAGGCAAAAUGAAGAAAAGUGGAGCAAUUUGGGAAAUGGAACAAUUUGAUGUACAUAGUAGCCGUUUAAUAGACAAAGGAAAAAAAUCAUCACACACUUUUUCGUUUGUAGAACAAAAAUGCAAUAGUUAAAAAAUAAGGCGACUGGACGGACGCAUAAGUCUUUUCGUGCAACCGGGGCGCCAACUGGGUUUUUUUUUACACACACACACACACCGAAACAGAUUUCACCCAUUCAAACUAAAUGUAGAACUUUUAAAUCACAGCUAAACUCUGUUAUUUAAUUCUCAGCAACAGAUGAAACUCAUAGGAAAAUUGCAAAGCAGUCAUUAUUCAAACCUACACACACUGACACACCCAAACAAACGAUCCUAUUAUUUAGUUUCCUAGGCAUUUGUUUAUUGUAGUAAACUAACCCACAAAUAAACAAACAGAAACAGACACAGACACACACACACACACACUUACUUGUUGCAAUAGUUGUAGGUUUUUAGUCGUAACUCUUUAAAAACACAGACAACAAACUCACUUUGGCGUGGAGUAAUCCAGAGGAACGUUUGGAAAACGGACCUAAAUGCGGUUCAACGGAGUGACCCCAUUUGGAUUCAAUGAACAUAGAAUGAACCGAUCGAGUUUCAUUAUUCUCUAAGUGUAAAUGGAUUUUUCAACGACGAUAUAUUUACUUAUUAUUCCAUUAUUACCCAAUUGAUGAGCUAUUAUUAUAACAAACGAAAGAGAGAAGUGAAACAAAGAACAGUAAAAACUCAAACACUCACAAAGCAAACAUCAACGCUGACGACAGGAGGUGAAAAGCGAAGAAAUGGAAAUGAAGAAAACAAUUUCACAUAGUGUAAAUGUAAAAUUUAAAUUUUGCAAAACAUGAAUCGAAUGAGAGGAAAGCAAAUACGAUGGAAACCCUUGUACAUGAAUAUAGAUAUUUAAACGGCAAAGCAAAAUACUAAAUAAAAUGAGGAAAUAUUUUCCAAAAAAGAA